GGCGGCGGCAGCAGCGCGCGCGCGUGUGGAGCAGUCAUGGCUCGCUCGAUGAGCGGCCGCGCACCGCACCCGUACGUCAUCGUCGGGCUGCAGCUGCUGUUCGUCAUCUUGUUCGGAGUGUUCGCCAACUAUGCGACCACCAAGCCCGGCGUCAGCGACGGGCCGGCGGCGCUGCUGCCCAGGAUAUACGGCAUGUUCCAGGAUGUCCACAUCAUGAUCUUCGUCGGCUUCGGCUUCCUGAUGACGUUCCUGAAGCGCUACGGACUCAGCGCGGUCAGCAUCAACUUCUUGAUCGCGGCCGUGGUGCUGCAGUGGGCUUUGCUCGUCAACGGCUUCUUCCACCUGCACGACGGCAAGAUCGAGAUCGACGUCGUCAGCCUGCUGGGGGCCGAUUUCACCGCAGCCUGUGUACUCAUCUCGUUCGGCGUAGUGCUGGGCAAGACGACGCCCACUCAGCUGCUCCUGAUGGCUCUCAUAGAGGUGCCCAUUUUUGUCGUGAAUGAAAUCAUUGGUCGGAAGUACCUCCAGGUAUCUGACAUGGGCGAUUCCAUAUUCGUUCAUACCUUCGGAGCUUACUUUGGCCUGGCUGUCAGCUUCGUGCUGUACAGAAAGGACAGCGAUAGCGACAACGCUGCCUCCAACACCAUCUCGGACCUGUUCUCAAUGAUCGGAACUGUGUUUCUCUGGUGCUUCUGGCCCAGCUUCAACUCGGCGCUGGCCCAGGGCGACGACCAGAACCGCGCCGUCAUCAACACCUACCUCUCGCUGUGCGCCAGCUGCAUCGUCUCGUUCGCGGUGUCCGCCCUGCUUGACAAGCAGAGCCGAUUCUCGAUGGAGCACGUGCAGAACGCCACGCUGGCGGGCGGCGUGGCCAUCGGCACGGCCGCCGACAUGAUAGUCCAGCCGUACGGCGCCCUGCUGGUCGGCAGUGUCGCCGGCGCCCUCGCCGUCGUCGGCUUCCAGCUCAUCACGCCGGCGCUCGACAAGCACUGUCGGAUCCACGACACAUGCGGCGUCCACAACCUGCACGGCAUGCCCGGGAUCCUGGCCUCCACCGUCGGGGCCAUCAUGGCGGCCAUGGCCUCUCCGGAGCAGUACGGAGCCAGUCUGUUCGUGAUCUUCCCGGCACGCGCGGAGACGGCGCUGGCCGAGGAGACGCCGGUCGCCGGCCGCUCGGCCUCCGUCCAGGGCGGCAUGCAAAUGCUGGCGCUGAUCAUCACGCUGGUCAUCUCCGUGGUCACUGGUCUGCUGACGGGCCUGCUGCUGAAGCUGCGUUUCUGGGAGCGGCUGGAGACGGGCGACCUGUUCAGCGACCGGCGCUACUUCGUCGUGCACGACGAGCCGCCUCCAGAGCCGGCCGAGCCCGGUAACACCACGAGCGAUACGCACAUCUGAGCCGCCCACGUCCGGGGUCACCCGACCGGGGCACGCGUGCUUGAUCCCUUGUGGCGUCUGAUCGGAGGCACGCAUUUCUGAUCCCCGCGGCGGUUACCGGGGCACGCAUACUUCACCCCUAGCUGCGCCAGACGGAAGGCACAUGCACCUAGUUCCGUGCGGAGGCUGGCAAUCGUAGCAGAAGCCCUGCCGCUCUCCUCCCAGCCCAAUGUGACCCGGGAUGGUAGCCUACCGUCGACGCGCACACGUGCUCCCUUGCGACGCCUGGCAGCACAGUCCGAUGAAUCACGCGUACGUGUGCCCCUCGUCCCGCCUGGGUAAGUAAUGUGAGCGCCGACCGCCUGCGCUCGUCCCGGGACACCUGGUGAGAUGAUCUAACCAAUAAUGCUCACAUCCGCCCCUGUCGUGCCGCCUGGAAGGCAGCCACAUCGCCUUAAGCGCGCAGCGGACCACGCGUCUCCCAGCAGCUGUGGGUCACACGGAUCUGGUGCGCGUGCGGCGGGCUCAGGGGAGGGGUUCUACGGCCGUGCAUGAGUAUGUUAGAUAUGCGUCAUGCCCAAGGUUGGCCGACAGAGGUGUCUGUCUCUACUUGUUUUAGAUGUUGGUUUCCGGACACUGAACUGUACUUUCUACGGGCGUAUAAGUUUUUAUACUACACUUCGCGGGCACUUUGACCGUACAGCUCGAGCGCUCGAAGUCCCAUUUACCUCUACUGCUACUGCUACGCCUCGACGAAGAUGGCACAGCGGUUCUGAGCAUAAUGUUAACAGCAAAAGCAUUCGUCUGAUUAAUAUGGGGUGAAGUAACGCGCUUGUAUCGUAACUGUGUCCCAGCUAUGCCUGUGCCAGUGCGAGGCUGAUAUUGUAAUCCCCACUCUGUCCUCACCAUUGCAUUGACCGAUAAGAAAAGAAUACUAAGGGCCAGCCAAGGUUAACAGAGAUGCAAGCUUUGGAUAGUGUUUCGAUGCACUUGUGCUUUCGCCUUUCUUGAGAAGUCUCGUCCCUUAUCCUUGUCGCUGUCCUCCCCUCCUUCACCCGACCUCCCCGACUGGAUCCAUGAUAGGCUACGUACAAAAUGGGAUAACACGUGAUCAUCUUAUCUCUGGCGCCCGUGUGCCAGCGGGAGACGCCAAGCAAGGUGAAUGAAGCGUGCCAUGAUCCCUCCGCCGUACAAACGCUCAUCGGAGUGUGUAUCAUGAAUUUGUCACGCGCUGUAGUGAUGUGCGUCUUAAACAUGCCAGUUACGACUGCUGUCACUAAGAAUAUUUUAAUGAUGCCGUCGUUACUAAUAUAGCAAUGCAAACGUAUG